AUGGCCCGACUCUUUGCAAAGGAGCUCCGGGAUAAGGAACCGGUGCGCGCUCCCGCGGGCAGAACCUCUGGUGUGGCCAAGGGCAAGAUCGCCAAGACGCCACGGAAGAAACGGCCUCCCACAAAAGCCCAGCGCCUGAGGGACAAUGAGGACCCCUUGAGAACGCUGGAGCAAGUCCAGUCACGGGUCAUGGCUCUUGGUCUUCAGGCAUCGUUCACUCGUGUGAUGAGCACGAUCUGCGCGGUCCUGAAAGUCAACAAUCCCAGGAUCGAGGUGCGGAUGCCAUCAUCCGAGAUCAAGGGUGCGUCUCCUGGCAUCUUUGCCCUUUUCCACACGUCGGCGGCGAGGCUCGACUCCAAGGACCCUGUUUUCCUGGGCAACCUGCCUCGUAGCAUGGAGCCGGCUGAAGGCAAGGCUUUUGGUGUGAAGAGAGUCAUUCUUUUCAUGCUGGAGCAGUGGAAGGGCAAGGUGGACCCGUAUGAAAUGCGGGCGGGGCAUGAUCGGCUGAAGUGUCUCCAUGGCUUUGAGCAGGAGGUCAAGGAAAGCCUGGAGAACCAGCAGUGA